CCUGUUAUGGAUCCUGGGGUUGUCGGCAGGGUAGAGGAGAAAAGUGAAAUAAUUAAGAUGUUGAAAUCGAGUGGCAACAGUGUGGAGGGUCGGGUUUCUGUGACCACGAUUACAGGUAUGGGGGGCAUAGGGAAAACAGUGCUUGCUCAGCAAGUGUAUAAUGACAGUGAGCUGGAUAGGCACUUUGAUGUAAAAAUCUGGAUUUCUGUUUCAGGCAGUGAAGGUACAAUUAAUAUGAGCAGAAUUUUUGACGAGAUAAUUGAUGCUUGUGCUAAGGAUUACAUACCUGGAGGUAGCCUGGAAUCAAAGCUACACCACGCUGUGGGAGGACUUAAACUUCUACUUGUCUUGGAUGAUGUCUGGACUGAAAAUCUCGAGGAUUGGAAAAAGCUAGAGAAAGGCUUAUUGAAAGCACAUAACGGAACUAGGGUGAUUGUAACCAGUCGAACAGAAAAUGUGUUUGGUUUGAGUCCGCAGAAUGUGCCGAUCCCCCAUAUUCCCUUGGAAAAAUUGCCCCAUGAGGAAUGUCUGAAAUUAUUUGCCAGAAAUGCAAUUGAUGGGGAUGAGUCAGACCUAGUGAAUAAAGGUGUAAAGGCUAUUGCUGAUGGAAUUGUGAGCAAAUGUGAUGGUUUACCUCUGGCUGUAGAGGUUAUAGGAUGUCUUUUAAGAACUAAACCUCGUGAUACAUGGUCGGGUAUCUUGAAUAAUGAUCUGGCCACGGUAGAAGAGGAAUUUAGAGAUGAGAAGCACAGAACACUAUUUGUCCUUAGUCUAAGUUAUUUUCACCUCCCACCUGAACUAAAGCACUGCUUUUCAUUUUGCUCCAUAUUCCCUAAAGGCCAUGAGUUUGAAAAAGAUGAACUAGUCAAAUUGUGGAUGGCUCAUUCACUGGUUCAGCCAAGAAAGUUGGCAGAAACACUGGAGGAUAAAGGACGCAGAUACUUUGACAGGCUGCAAGAGCUUUCCUUCUUUCAGCAAAAGCCAGGGUCAGAGAAGUACAGGAUGCACGACUACCUUCAUGAUUUGGCAGAAUUAGUUUCUGGCAAGUAUUCUUGCAUGGUGAAAGGUGAAAAUCCAAGUCCCAUUGACCCGAAAACUCAUCACAUUGCGCUAAUGUGUGAAAAAGUGGAGGGCGCAUCUAAAUCCAUUGAGGAGUGCAAGAAGUUGCGUACCAUUCUCAUGCCAAUGUCUCGUAAUUCCUUAGCUGACUUUGGCGAGACACUUGGCAAAAUGUUCCAGACUCUGAAAUACCUACGUGUUUUAGAUCUGAGUUCUAGUACUGUUGCAAAGUUGCCAAAAACACUUGCAGAGUUAAAGCUUCUUCACUACCUUAACUUGUCGAGAACUAAGAUCAAGUGGCUUCCAAAUGAACUAUGCAGUUUGCUGAACCAGCAAACGCUUAAGCUCUUGGACUGCCCUUGGUUAUUAGGAUUACCCAAGGGCCUCAGUCGCUUGAUCAACUUGAGGCAUCUUGAGAUUGAGGAGGCAUUCUGGAAAUACAGGUGCCCCAGGCAGCCACCAAACAUUGGUAGACUGACUUCUCUUCAAAAUCUCCACAAGUUCUGUGUUGGUGAAGCCAAGAAAGGUUUUGGAAUUGAAGAAUUAAAGGACAUGAAGUACCUUGAAGGAUCACUGCAUAUAAUGGAGCUCAAUAAAGCAGAACGUGCAGCCGAGGCAAACUUGAAAGACAAACCAAGAGUCCAAAUUCUAGAGUUAGAAUGGGCUUCUGAGACUGAGAGAGAGAUUGCACGAUUGAAAGGUAAAACACCUGAUGAAUGUGAUGCCGAGGUUCUGGAAGAUCUUGAACCUCAUUCAAGUCUCACAAAGCUCAGAGUUCACAGAUAUUGUGGUAAUAGGACUCCUUCUUGGUUAAGUAUGGGGAAGCUUCAACUUCUGAAAACCCUUAUACUAGAGGGAUGCCAGAACCUUGAAACUCUCAUGCUUGGUAGGCAAGAAAAUCUUGAAGUUAUUUGCAUUAAGAAUAUGCAGAAAUUGAGGGAGUUGCCUGCACAGCUCGAGUGCCCUUUACUGCACACCCUGAAGAUUAUCAACUGCCCCGACCUGAUUCAGUUGCCCCAAAGCAUUCCCAAAUUACGAAUUUUGAAGGUCAAAAAGUGCGAUUCUCUGAAGGUAAUUCCGUCUCUCUCUGCCAUAUAUUCUGGAACUCUAGUGCUUGUAGACAACCCUGUACUUGAGGGUUUCCCAGGCAAUUACUCUCUGGGUUUUCGCGAUUUGGGGGAGCGUAUUUGCAGAUGUAUGAUUACAAAUUGCCCAAAAAUCCAUGGUCUUCCAGCAAAAUAUUACAACAGUUGCAGAGCAUCAAUUAACCGCAAACUAGAGAUUGGUGAAUGUGAAUCAAUCUAUUUUAAUCGAUCAAGGCCUCUGACACAGCUUGCAAUAGAUACAUGCCGCAGUGAUACACUUUUGGAGGCAAUGAAUAUCAUCAGUGAGUACAAAUUAAGAAUCACCAGCGAUUCUGUUGUCUCAUUGCAUUACUUGCAGUCCUUGAGCAUUUCCAACAUAUCAGACUUGAUUUCCUUUCCAACAUCAUGGGAAGUACAAAUCACGUCACUUUACAUUUCAGCCUGCAAAGAUUUGGAAGACCUCUUUGAUUCUGAACAAUCUUGCAAAGGAAGUUUACCACGUCUUGUGAACUUGUGUAUUCGUGAUUGCCCCAAGCUUUCAAAAUUUCCAGAAGAAGGACUGCCUCGCAAGCUUGAACUUCUAGUGAUUCAGUCAUGCAUCAGUCUUGAAUCUCUCGGGCCCCCUGAUACCUUAAAAGACCUUACUUCACUGGCAGAUGUUUGCAUUGUGGACUGCCCAAAGCUUCAGUCAUUUCCUGCACAGGGAUUUCCCUCAUCUCUCCAGCACCUACGUAUCCGAGAUUCCCCCUUGCUGGCAGAAAAAGUUAGCAAAACUGAGAAGGGCAGAGGCCCAGAUUGGCCAAAGAUCAUGAACAUCCCUUACCUGGAAAUUGAUGAAGUCCAUCCAUCUCCAGCACCAGUCUUUGCUUCUUGUUCCCGGAGUUUGGCAUGCUUUAAAGUUAUCUAUAGAACCUCCAUGGAUUCUUGAGGAUUUCAUGUCUUUUGCUUAGGCCAUUGAUUGAAGCAGGAUGACGUGUUGCAAGAACAGGAGCUCUCAUUGUGGCUCCAGCUUGAAGUCCUCUGUUCGCCUUGUUAUUGCUUGUUUGCAGGAAAUUUGGUUUGAGUGGUGAAAAAUAAAGAUGGAAUCUGCAGGAAUGUUAAUAAAGUGCAGUAAGCAUGAAUCUGCAUGAAGAUAGAUGGAUGCCUCUGCUAUCGACGCCCAACAAUUCCUGGAUUUCUUUCCAAUCUGUAUUCUGCUGAAUAAAUACCUAAAGAGUAUGAUUGUUGAUGAGUUGUAAUUCUAUUUCUGGUCAAAAUUAAUGUUGAUGGAAAAAAGAAGCAUGCUACUACUAGUGACACUAUGUUGUAUGGUUUGUGUAUUUAUAUAAAUGUACGUUGGCUUUUGUGUACAAGCAUGAAAUG